UAGAGUGUUAUGCAGUUAGGCAGUUUGGAAACUGUUUGAGACUUGCUCUUGUUAGUUCAGUUGCAGUUAGUUUUGGAUUAUUAGAAUUAGUUAGAAGCUGUUCUUCUACCUAUAAUCAACACUUGCAUUCACACUUUCUAACUUUCCUUUUCAUUCAAUAAUAUUCAGUUUCACUUUCUCUUUUCUGUUGAGAGUUCAUCUUCUCUCUUAUCUAAGCUUGGUCUCUGUUGACUUAGAACUGAAGUCAACUCCUAAGUGGACUUGCUUGCUUGAUGGCUUCUUCCUCCUCAUCUUAUGGCGCUCCGCAACCAAAGCAUGAUGUUUUUCUCAACUUUAGAGGAGAAGAUACCCGUCGCACUUUCACAAGCCAUCUCUAUGCUGCCUUGCGUCGGAAUCAAAUCCAAACGUUCAUUGACGACGAGAAAAUUAACAGAGGGGAUACACUAUCACCGACUCUUCUUUCAGCUAUUGAAAGCUCAAAGAUUUCCGUGACUAUCUUCUCACAAAACUAUGCUUCUUCUGCGUGGUGUUUGGAUGAACUCGAGAAGAUUAUUGAAUGUAAGGAGAAAAAACAACUCGUUGUGAUACCUGUUUUCUAUCACAUCGAUCCAGCACAUGUGAGACACCAGAGGGGAAGUUAUAAAGAUGCAUUUACCAAACAUGAGGGGAAUUUCAGCGGCAAUCUAAUCAAGGUACAAAAGUGGAGAUCUUCUCUGCGUGAAGCAGCCAACUCAGCAGGAUGGGAUUCCUCAAAUAUUCGACUGGAGUCCGAACUAGUUGAAAAGAUUGUGGAGGAUAUAUUACAGAAAUUGGGUCGUAUGAGCCCGCAUGUUCCAAAGGGGCUUGUUGGAAUUGCACAACACAUUGCAGCUGUGGAAUCAUUGUUGUGCACAGGGUCAACUGAUGUACGUAUUGUUGGAAUUUGGGGCAUGGGUGGUAUAGGUAAGACAACCAUUGCAGAUGCUCUAUGUGCAAAACUCUCUUCUCAAUACGAGGGAUACAACUUCGUCGCCAAUGUUAGGGAAGAAUGGAAAAAUCAUGGAGAGAAUUAUAUGCGGAAUAAACUUCUGUCUGGAAUAUUGGGGGAUCCAAAUUUGUAUAUUAGCACCCCUACUAUGAGUUCCACUUUUAUUGUAGAAAGGCUACAGCGGAAAAAGCUCCUCGUUGUUCUUGAUGACGUGAGUGAUUCAAAACAAAUAGAAUACCUUGUUGGAGAGAAAUAUUGGUUUGGACCUGGUAGCAGAAUCAUAGUGACAACCAGAAAUAAAGACGUGUUUAGCCAAGGAGUUAGAGUAUACCAAGUGAAGAAGUUGAAUUUUCAUGAAGCACUAGAGCUUUUUAGCUCGAAUGCCUUUCAACAAGACCAUCCAGUGAGGGAGUACACACACUUGUCAGAAAGGGUAGUAGAAUAUGCUAAGGGCAUUCCUUUAGCUCUUAAAGUUCUGGGUUCAUAUCUUCAUUCAAAACAGCCGAAAGAAUGGGAAAGUGCAUUGGAAAAACUGAAGAAAAUUCCCAAAGCUGAAAUUUAUGAUGUGCUAAGAUUGAGUUAUGAUGGUUUAGACCCUGAAGAGCAGGACAUAUUCUUAGAUAUUGCAUGCUGUUUGAAAGGAGAGACAAAAGGCCAGAUAACAAGUUUAUUAGAUGGUUGUGGCCUUUCUACAGAUCUUGGCAUGAGAAGCCUUCAAGAUAAGUCUCUUAUAACUGUUUCUAAGGACCAAACCGUACAGAUGAAUGAUUUGAUACAAGAAAUGGGUUGGCAAGUUGUUCGUGAAGAAUCUGCAAAAGAUCCUGGAAAACGAACUCGGCUGUGGGAUCCUAAGGAAAUUUAUGAUGUCCUCAAGAAUAACAGAGGAACUGACAGCAUUGAAAGCAUAGCAUUGGACAUGUCUCAAAUCAAACAUGUGACAUUAAACCCUCAAGCUUUUCACAGAAUGUACAAGCUAAGGAUGUUGAAUUUUUACAUGUCUUCACGGGAAAACAUAAGCAAUGUGCAUAUUUCCAGAGGCCUCGAAUGUAUGCCUGAUGAAUUAUGUUAUCUCCGAUGGGACUGUUUUCCAUUGGAAUCCUUGCCACCAUCAUUCAGUGCAGAGAAGCUUGUUGAACUUGAUCUAAAACAUAGCCUCCUUGAAAAACUUUGGGAUGGAGAGCAGGAUCUUGUGAAUUUGAAGUCAUUAAACCUUUGUGGUUGCAACCGCUUGAUUGAGCUCCCAGAUUUCUCUAGCGCCCAAAAACUUGAAGAAGUACAUCUUGAUGAUUGUACAAGUUUGUUGAGUGUACCUUCAUCCAUUUUGUCACUUGAUAGUCUGUUUGCACUAAAUCUGAGAGGAUGUAAUCAGCUUCGUUGCAUUCAAAGUGAGAAGCAAUCUCAAUCUCUUCAGUGGCUUAAUCUGAGAGGGUGCUCAAGACUUGUAAAGUACUCAUUUUCUUCAGAGAAAUUGGAGUACCUGAGCCUAGAUGGGACGGGAAUAAAAGAACUUCCCUCAUUAGUUGGAAAGCUCAAGGGCUUUUCAAGCAUGUCUCUUGAUCAUGGUGAAAGACUUCCACAUCUUCCAAAUACCAUUGGUUUAGCUUGUUCUAUUCUGCUUCUUGACUGCCCAAAAUUUGAGAAUUUACCUCCAACAUUUGACAGCUCAUUGUCCAUCACAACUCUCUGUCUGGAUAACUGUUCAAAUUUGUCACAGCUUCCUGAAAACUUUGGCCUCUUGUCAAAUUUAAAUAAACUUUCAUUAAGAGGAAGCAAUAUUGAGAACUUGCCCGGUAGCAUCAAAUAUCUUUCACAAUUAAGGACUCUCAAUUUAAGCAACUGCAGGAGGCUUCGGUCCUUGCCGGAGCUCCCAUUGUUGUUACAAGACUUGAAUGCAAGUAACUGUGUUUCCCUGGAAGCAGUAUCAAAUUUAGGGAUCACAAUGUUGCAAGAUUCUGUUGGCAGACUGAAAAAGAGCUCACUGCUCAGACAGAUUCAAGAGGAAGAAAAGAUAUCCAUUCGUAAUGGUGACUAUUUAGAAAGAUUUGAUUUUUCUAAUUGCAUAAAGUUGGAUCAGAUUGCACGCAAGACUGUCAUGGAGGAGGCACUGAUUAGAAUUCAGCUAGCUGCAUACCUGUCAACAAUGAUUGAAGAGUGUUAUGAUCCUUAUUGUCAAACUGAUGAAGUUUCCAGGAAUUUCAACCCUGAAGACUUUAAAUAUAGUUCCCGUUCGGUGUAUAUUAUUAUGCCGGGAAAUGAAGUGCCAGAUUGGUUUAUGCAUAAAGAAACAGACUCCUCAACCAUAACCAUAAAAGUUUCUACACGGUGGCACCGUUAUUUCAAUUACCUGGGCUUUGCUUUCUGCCUUGUAUUAGGAGAUGGUCCUGAAUCAGGACCAUCUUGCUCAACUAGGGAGAAAAAUAGUCAUGUUGGUUUCAUGGCAGGGUGUAGAUACUAUUUUGGUGGAAAAUUUUCUGGAACUUGCAUUAUAAGAUCUUCUUCCAGUGAUGCUAAGUCAGGCCAGGUGUGGCUUUGGUAUGACAAAUUGCUAAAUUUUGAGGAGGAAACAGGAAAUGUUAAUUCAUAUGAUGAGAUCUCCUUCGAAUUUUUUGUUAGGCCUCGUAGUUCAGGCGUUGUGAAGCAAUGUGGAAUUCGACCACUGUAUGCUCCAGAUGACAUCAUGCAAAGCUCAAAUAAUGAACUACAACUAAGUAAAAGAGAAGGUAAGAGAUGUUAUGUUGAGUUUGAAGUCAACACAAUUCAAAGAAACUAUGAGCUCUUUCGUGAGUAUGCUCAUCCUCCUAACAACCUUGGAUUGCCAUCAGAACAACAAAGAGUUUCCGAGCAUCCCGAUGGACGUCUUGGAGAAUAUUUUGUAUUAACUCAUUGUGCUAAGAAUGUUGACGUAAUUAGAAUGCAUCAUAGGUGCUUGAGUGUUGGGGCUGAAGUAUUUGUUUAUUUUGGCUAUGUUCACAGUCACCACCAACGUGGUGCGUCUGUAAAACGUGCUCAACGGUAUUUAGCACAACUGCUUCUGGAUGACUACUGUAAUUUCGGUAAACUCUUCAACAAUAUCAACCUCUUCCAAUCGUUGAGGAGAUUGUCGCUAGAUGGUUGCAAUGUUGAGACCUUGCCUGCUAGCAUCAAGUGUCUUUCAAGGCUGCAACAUCUUUUAGUAAAUGACUGCAAGAGGCUUAGGUCUAUCCCAGAGCUUCCACCAUCCCUUAGAUAUUCGUUUGUGAGAAAUUGCACUUCUUUGGAGACAGUUGAAUUGGCUAAGGAAAACAAUAUGGAAGUUCGUGGAAAUUUUCCCAAUGUUAUGGCAGGUAUUGUGUAUAAAAAAGUAUCGAGAAUACAAGUUAUUGAUCCCCAAAGAUGGGUUGCAGACUGGUCCAUGCAAAGGUUAAAACGGAAUUUGAUGACCCUUGAAUUCUAUGUUACUUCACAUACCGAGCCUUUGAAUCUCAUGUGUGUUUGCGGUACAAUGAUAAUUACCAUUUCGUGACAAAUAGUUGAGGAAAUUUGAGCCAAUAGUGUCGCAGCAUCAUUUGAAUUUUCACACUAUCCAAUUGCUGGAUCGAAAAGUUUGGGGAGGGUGUUCUAUUUCCUGAUCAGAGUAUUGACAUGUUAGAACCAAAUAAGUUAAAAUUGGCUUGCGAAGAAGAAUUGAUGAUUUCACUCAAAGAAAACUCAGGAUGCAAUUUGAUCGCUUCCCAUCUGAAACUAGAGAGAUUAGAAUGAAACCAAGGCUUCAAGAAACAGUGUUCCAGUUUGUGCGAUAUUGGAUGUUGUUGUGGGUGUGCUUAAGAGGGGACUGGUCACUUGCAGUGUGGAGGAUGUUUCCUCAUUGGAUAUCAACUGGCUGCGCCACGUGUCGGACGUUACCUUUAAUAGUUCCGUCCGCGUGGUAUCUUGUAUGGAUGUCCAUUUGAUAUUUUCAUCACAUAUGAUUUUUUUACUCUUGUUUUUUGGCGUACAUAUAAGAAAUAUGGCACUUGAAGAUCAAUCAUGUGAAAAUUUGGAGACUUUGGAUUUUACUUCUGCGAUUCAUAGCAACAUGGCAUAGGGUGAUAUUAUCUGGGAUUUCAGAGGUUGGAUUCUGGAUUUCAGCGAUGCGAUAAUGGAUUUUGCUUCUGCAAAGUGAGAUUUCAGAGAUCGCUUCUUCAAUGGCAAGUGAGCUCUCCGGAUUUUGCUUCAUUCGGAGAUUGUCUCAUGCGAAAUUUCAGGGCUUUCUUGCAAUCCUAGCCGUGUCGCUCUUGCCCUCUGCUUUUGCAAUUGCGGUCAGAUUCGGUUGUGUUUUCAUAGUUCGCGUCUUGGUCCUUAUUCUCCCCCAACCGGGUUGUCUGCCUCUAAUCGCAGACUUGAUAGUUUUGAUGGACCCUGAUCAUGAAAGUGAUUUUGAAGGAGGACUUUACAGUGACCGGUACACAUCGCAUCCCCCUUUCCAUAUUGAUUCAAACAUUGGCAAAAGUGGUUACGGGUGAAGCUAUUCGCUCUUUUGCAAAGGAGGAUCCCUGAGAGGGAAAGAUGACAGUGCAACAAAAUCAGCAAAAGGAAGGAAGGUUCAGUUUUCUAAAGAAGGCCCAGUUGAAUUGGUUGAAAGACUCCUGUGUCAAAAGGCUCACAAGACCUUAGAAUUGACCGAGAACUUCCAGCAAAUGUCAACUGCCUGAUGGAUUGUGAGGCUGUAGAUAUUUUACAGGGAAUUCAAGAGCAGAUGGUCGUCCUAUCUAGAGAUCGAACUAUCAAAAUCCCUGAUCAAAGGUACUGCAAUAUGCCAAAAGCAAGUAUACAAAUGCCAAGUUCAUCAGACUCAUUGUUGCGCCUCUUGUAGAUAAUGGUCUCACUGAUUGUGAGGUAUGUGUGAUUGCUAAUGUGUGCCCAGAAAUUGUUGAUGAAGUUUAUGCUCUCCUCCCAUCUUUGAAGGGUAAGAGAAACAUUAACAGUCAACUUCUUGAAGAUUCAGUGAGUGAGCUUUCAAAGCUAUUCAGUGAGUGAGCUUGCCAAUGUAAAGCCACAUAAUGGAAAAGGUUCACUGGUUUACCAUUUAGAUCUGCAUGCUGGAGUACCCUCAUUAGGCAAAUUUAGCUCAUGCAAAACAAUUCUUGAGCUUACUGUGACGAUAUGCUGUAGAAACUCAGGCCAUGUUUUAUAUUCUUGUUUUAAGUGGUUGUACAAAAAUCUAAUGUAAUGUUGAUCUCAAGUGGAUGAAUGCUAUAUCUACAAAGACUGCGGAUCCUAUAUGAGGAGAAUGGAUUUUCUCAAAUA